CCACAAAUGCACAAACCCAACAAUCAUAAUAAAUGCUCUUCAUUCACACAAAAUCUCACACCCUCCUCUUUCACAAACUCUCUUUUCAUUUCACAACACUUCAACACUUUCCACCUUCACAACUAUGAGUUUUCAUGAAACACCAAACAUAGGACUUGGUCUUGGUCUUGGUCUUGGUCUUGGUCUUGUUACCUUCCAUGAUGAAUCAGAGAACUGCAUGAAGAGUGAUGGCCACAACAAGAUCAGAAGGGUGGAGAAUCCAUCAAACGGUAACAACACAUACCCUUCACUUACUUUAGGACCACCAGAAGAUGAUGAACAUGAUCAUGAUCAUGAUCGUGAUGAAGUGAAAAAUGAUCAACCAAGUUCAAAGACCGAGUCCUAUGAAUACUUUCGACCACAGGUUUCUUCUCCCAGUGUGGUUUCUUCGUUUUCCAACUCCUCUAGCAUCAAGAGGGAGCGAGAUCAGGCCAUGGGAGAAGAAUUUGAUGUAGAAGUAGAGAAAUUUCAGACAAGGGUAACAGAUGCUGAUGAAGAUGGUAACCCCAGAAAGAAACUUAGACUCACCAAAGAACAAUCAGCAAUCUUGGAAGAAAACUUCAGAGAACAUUCUACUCUCAAUCCGAAGCAAAAGCAAGAAUUGGCAAUGAAGCUGAAUCUGCGAACCAGACAAGUAGAGGUGUGGUUUCAGAACAGGAGAGCCAGGACGAAGCUAAAACAAACUGAGUCAGAUUGUGAUGUAUUGAAGAAGUGUUGUGAGAGUCUGACAGAAGAAAACAAGAGGCUGCAAAAGGAGGUUCAAGAACUGAAGUCAAUGCAAGCAAUGGCAAUGCCUCUUUACAUGCAGAUUCCAGCAGCCACACUUUCCCUGUGCCCUUCUUGUGAGAGAAUUUCUGCUACUAAAAGUGAAGAUGAAAAUGCCAACAACACUACUUCUUCAUUACUUUUUCCUUCAAAAACUCAUCAUCACCACUUUUACAAAAGUAACUAUCCAUUCUCUCACUCUUCAUCUGCAGCAUGCUAAAGCUCUGUUUCUUUCAAGAUGAACACGAGACAAAACGAGAACGAUCAUAUAUAAUUUGUGGUAAUUACUACUAUAUAUAGUUUGAUAAUUAAUUAGUUAGAAUGUAAUUAAAGAUAUAUAGAGAUCAUUAAUUUAGAGAUCAAUCCCAACCACAUGCUUUCUUCUAAUGUAUGCACGUGGUUAAUUAUAUAUAUAUUUAUAGUACAAAAAUAGCUAGAAAGAAAAUUUCAUAUAGAGAUUUUUCUAAUUUGUUGUAAUUUAAUUACAUGUAAGAUA